GAAAAAUGAGUUUUCACAAUAACUGCUGAUUCGAGAAACAACAACUGAUCACACUAGACAGGAUUGUUUCCAAGAAACGUUAGCUGUAUAGAAAAAAUUACAUUCACCGUAUCAGAGAUAUUUUCAUACUCAGAAAGGCGAAAGAAGAUCGUUGUAAUAUCCUUCAAAAUUCGCUGGUAAAUAUGAAUAUAAAGGGAGUUUUUCUAUUGUACACAAUUUUGCAAUGGGUCGUUCUGUUGAUAAUUGUCAUCGUUUUCACUUUUGUAGGAGGCAAAAACUGGAUGGAUGAAUAUAAGUGGAUUUAUCUGGGCUUAGGUGUGGCACUAGCCUGUGUAUUUAUUAUUUGGACUGUUAUUUCACAAUUUCGAAUUCCGCUAGCAGUGCAUAUCAUAUUUGCAGUUAUUACCAAUAUUGCGGUGUCGAUAUUCUGCGGUAUGGCAACAACGUGUUUCGAAAUGAAAUGGUGUUUGACUUCGCUUGCAUUAACUACAGUGUUCGCCGCUUCAAUAUUUCUUGCAGCCAUAUUUCUGAAGUCAUUCCUGCUGUCAAACUUUAAUUUCUUAAUAGCCUGUUCGGUAUUGAUGGGAAUAAUUCUUAUCCUUUUUAUUGUUUUCUCAGUGAUUCAGUUUCAUUUGAAGGUAUGUGUAUUUUUCGAAACUCGUAUUAUUUCUCCUGAAAAUGUCUCAUAUCUGGAAGGAAGUUAUAGUCCAUUUCAUUGACUGCAUGUCAAUCAGGAAUGCAAUUCGUUUAAGAGAAUAGCUGUGUUGAUAAUAAUUUAUCCUCUGAGUAAAAUGUUGCUUACCAUUAGUCAAAUGUCUGUUGAUAUUCUUCUGGGAGUUUCAUUGUAGAAUACUGUCAAACAAUUAUUUCUAUUCGUCAUUCAUUCAUGUAAAUAAAAUCUGCGAGUAAAUUCAGCAAAAUUGUGUUCAGCUUACUCUGUUUUAUUAACCCCUCAUGACAUUUAUUCACUUUCUUUUGCUCUUCUAUUUACAGAUAACCACUCCAAUUUUGGCUGCUUUUGCCGUGCUGAUUGUGGCGAUAGUAAGUUAAAUUAACUCAGUAUGACUGAUAAUUGUCGUUAACUCAUUC